UGGCCCCGCCCCCAGCGCCCGCUGGCCCCGCCUCCCCGUGCCUCGGCCGCCGCCGCUGCCGCCGCCGCCGCCGCCCGAGACUCGCGCAGAGCAGUUAUGGCGGAUCCCGCAGCCCCCACGCCCGCAGCUCCCACUCCCGCCCAGGCCCCGGCCCCAGCCCGGGAGGCGGCCCCAGCCCCGGCCGCAUCCACCGCCCCGGCGCCGGCGCCCGCCCCAGACUCGGCCUCCGGGCCGUCCUCGGACUCCGGCCCCGAAGCCGGCUCGCAGCGCCUGCUGUUCUCUCACGACCUGGUGUCGGGCCGUUACCGCGGCUCGGUGCACUUCGGGCUGGUGCGCCUCAUCCACGGCGAGGACUCGGACUCGGAGGGCGAGGAGGAGGGCCGCGGCAGCUCGGGCUGCUCCGAGGCCGGGGGUGCGGGCCACGAGGAGGGCCGGGCCAGCCCUCUGCGCCGCGGCUACGUGCGCGUCCAGUGGUACCCGGAGGGCGUCAAGCAGCAUGUGAAGGAGACCAAGCUAAAACUAGAGGACCGUUCCGUGGUGCCCCGGGAUGUGGUCCGGCACAUGCGAUCCACUGACAGCCAGUGUGGCACCGUGAUAGACGUCAACAUUGACUGCGCCGUCAAGCUCAUCGGCACCAACUGCAUCAUCUACCCCGUCAACAGCAAGGACCUCCAGCACAUCUGGCCCUUCAUGUAUGGGGACUACAUUGCCUAUGACUGCUGGCUGGGGAAGGUCUACGACUUGAAGAACCAGAUCAUCCUGAAGCUAUCCAAUGGUGCCAGGUGCUCCAUGAACACAGAAGAUGGUGCCAAGCUCUACGACGUCUGCCCACACAUCAGCGACUCGGGUCUCUUCUUUGAUGAUUCCUACGGCUUCUACCCGGGCCAGGUGCUCAUCGGCCCCGCCAAGAUCUUCUCCAGUGUCCAGUGGCUGUCGGGUGUCAAGCCCGUGCUCAGCACCAAGAGCAAGUUCCGAGUCGUGGUGGAAGAGGUGCAGGUUGUGGAGCUGAAAGUCACAUGGAUUACCAAGAGUUUCUGUCCAGGGGGCACGGACAGCGUCAGCCCCCCACCCUCUGUCAUCACCCAGGAAAACCUAGGCAGGGUGAAGCGUCUCGGAUGCUUUGACCAUGCUCAGCGGCAGCUUGGGGAACGCUGUCUGUAUGUCUUCCCAGCCAAGGUAGAGCCGGCCAAGAUUGCCUGGGAAUGUCCAGAAAAAAACUGCGCCCAGGGGGAGGGCUCUAUGGCCAAGAAGGUGAAGCGCCUGUUGAAGAAGCAGGUUGUGCGGAUCAUGUCAUGCUCCCCAGACACCCAGCGUUCCAGGGACCAUUCCAUGGAGGACCCAGACAAGAAAGAAGAAGCUAAAGUCAAGAGCGAAACAGGGUCCGCCAGCCCCGAGGAGACACCUGAGGGGUCUGCCAGCCCCGUGGAGAUGCAGGAUGAGGGCCCCGAGGAGCCCCAUGAGGCUGGUGAGCAGCUGCCCCCCUUUUUGCUGAAGGACGGUGGAGACGACAGGCUGCACUCAGCAGAGCAGGAUGCAGAUGACGAGGCCGCCGACGACACAGAUGACACCAGCUCAGUGACCUCCUCUGCCAGCUCCACCACGUCCUCCCAGAGUGGCAGCGGCACAAGUCGCAAAAAGAGCAUCCCCUUGUCCAUCAAGAACUUAAAGCGAAAACACAAGAGGAAGAAGAAUAAAAUCACUCGUGACUUCAAGCCAGGGGACAGGGUGGCGGUGGAGGUGGUGACCACAAUGACCUCAGCCGACGUGAUGUGGCAGGAUGGCUCCGUGGAAUGCAACAUCCGCUCCAACGACCUCUUUCCUGUGCACCACCUGGACAACAACGAGUUCUGCCCCGGAGACUUCGUGGUAGAUAAGCGAGUCCAGAGCUGCCCGGACCCUGCUGUCUACGGAGUGGUGCAGUCUGGGGACCACAUCGGCCGUACCUGCAUGGUGAAGUGGUUCAAGCUGCGGCCGAGUGGGGAUGACGUGGAGCUGAUCGGCGAGGAGGAGGACGUGAGUGUUUACGACAUUGCCGACCACCCUGACUUUCGGUUCCGCACAACUGACAUCGUGAUCCGCAUUGGCAAUGCUGAGGACGGGGCUCCUCACCAGGAGGGUGAGCCAUCAGUAGGCCAGGUGGCCCGCGUGGACGUCAGCAGCAAGGUGGAGGUGGUGUGGGCUGACAACUCAAAGACCAUCAUCCUGCCUCAGCACUUGUACAACAUCGAGUCUGAGAUCGAGGAGUCGGACUACGAUUCAGUAGAAGGCAGCACCAGUGGGGCGUCCUCAGAUGAGUGGGAAGAUGAUAGUGACAGCUGGGAGACGGACAAUGGGCUGGUGGAGGACGAGCACCCCAAGAUAGAGGAGCCCCCCAUCCCACCUGCUGAGCAGCCGCCAGCCCCCGAGGAAGAUAAAGGGGUGGUGAUCAGCGAAGAAGCUGCCACAGCCGCUGUCCAAGGUGCUGUGGCCAUGGCCACCCCCAUGGCUGGGCUGAUGGAGAAGGCUGGCAAGGAUGGGCCCCCCAAAAGCUUCCGGGAGUUGAAAGAGGCCAUCAAGAUCCUGGAGAGCCUCAAGAACAUGACUGUGGAGCAGCUGCUGACGGGCUCGCCCACCUCCCCCACAGUGGAGCCAGAAAAGCCGACUCGGGAGAAGAAGUUUCUAGAUGACAUCAAGAAGCUGCAGGAAAACCUCAAGAAGACCCUGGACAAUGUGGCCAUCGCAGAGGAAGAGAAGAUGGAGGCAAUGCCAGAUGCAGAGCGUAAGGAGGACAAGCCUGAGGGGCAGUCACCUGUGAAGGCCGAAUGGCCCAGCGAGACCCCGGUGCUCUGCCAGCAGUGUGGUGGCAAGCCCGGCGUCACCUUCACUAGCGCCAAGGGCGAGGUCUUCUCAGUGCUGGAGUUUGCACCUUCAAAUCACUCUUUUAAGAAAAUUGAGUUCCAGCCUCCAGAAGCCAAGAAGUUCUUCAGCACAGUGCGGAAGGAGAUGGCGCUGCUGGCUACCUCGCUGCCUGAUGGCAUCAUGGUUAAGACUUUUGAGGACAGAAUGGACCUCUUCUCAGCUCUCAUCAAGGGCCCCACUCGAACCCCUUAUGAGGACGGCCUCUACCUGUUUGACAUCCAGCUCCCCAACAUCUACCCAGCUGUGCCCCCCCACUUUUGCUACCUCUCCCAGUGCAGUGGCCGCCUGAACCCCAACCUCUAUGACAAUGGGAAGGUGUGCGUCAGCCUGCUGGGCACCUGGAUUGGAAAGGGGACAGAGAGGUGGACGAGCAAGUCCAGCCUUCUCCAGGUGCUCAUCUCCAUCCAAGGUCUGAUCCUGGUGAAUGAACCAUACUACAACGAAGCCGGCUUCGACAGCGACCGGGGCCUGCAGGAAGGCUAUGAGAACAGUCGCUGCUACAACGAGAUGGCGCUGAUCCGCGUGGUGCAGUCCAUGACCCAGCUGGUGCGGCGGCCCCCCGAGGUCUUCGAGCAGGAGAUACGGCAGCAUUUCAGCACCGGUGGCUGGCGGCUGGUGAACCGCAUCGAGUCCUGGCUGGAAACCCACACCUUGCUGGAGAGAACCCAGGCACUGCCCAAUGGGGUCCCCAAGACUAGCAGCUCACCGGAGCCACCAGCUGCAGCCGAGCUCUCAGACUCCAGCAGACAAGAACCUGAGGAUGGAGGGCUGGCCCCUGGAGAGGCCUCCCAGGGCUCAGACUCAGAGGGCGGUGCCCAGGGCCCAGCCUCAGCCAGCAGGGACCACACGGACCAGACUUCGGAGACUGCGGCAGACGCAUCGGUACCACCCAGUGUCAAACCAAAGAAGCGGAGAAAGAGCUACCGGAGCUUCUUGCCUGAGAAGAGUGGCUACCCUGACAUCGGCUUCCCCCUCUUCCCGCUUUCUAAGGGUUUCAUCAAGAGCAUCCGGGGUGUCCUGACGCAGUUCCGGGCUGCCCUGCUAGAGGCGGGCAUGCCUGAGAGCACAGAGGACAAGUAGCCGCCAGCCCUUGAGGAAGGAGCAUCACAGUGGGAGAGGCCAGCUGCUGCCUGCUCACUCCCUCCUGGAAUCUCCCCUCUUCCCAUCCCUCCCAUCCCCCCCAUGCAAGCCCCUCACUACCCUCUUGUCCCCAAGGUGAGUUUGAUGCUGAAGUGCAAGAAGUGUCUUGAGAUGCUGCCAUUUCUAUUCCGAAGCGAUCUUUCAAUAGGCGGAUCCCCUGUGUCGAAGAAAAUCAGACCCCUGUUGCUGAUUUUACACUUGUCACCCCAGACAGAAUGUCCUGGCACUUGCUCCCUUGCUGUCCCCUUCUCAGGUCAGAGGUGGGUAUUCUAGGGCCUGAUGCUGAGCUCUCUUUGGGCCAGGUGCCCUGCAGGUGGCCUUGCAUGAAGUGUGGGUUGCUCCAAUAAUUCCCCUGGUCCCUGUUAACCCCUUCAGUUCAAUUUUAGCCUCCCCGUGUCCCAGACCCUCCCGCUGCCACCACCACCAGAUCCUCCCUAUUGCCCCAGCGACACUGUCCUUUGGGAGUUGUAGCUGCUGUCACUGACUCCCGGCUCUACGCUGGCCUGUUUACCACAUUCUAGCCCUCAGGCCUGUUGAACUUGCUAAGAGAGGGCUGGGAAGAGGGUAGGUGCAGGGUGACACCCAGGAGAGGUGGUGGCUCUCACACAUGGAGUUGAGGACCAGGGAGCUGCCGGGAAGGGCUGUAGGUGCCUUGUUCUUCCUGUCAGGCUGCUGGGGACAUCGGCAGCUCUGGCUUUCAGGCCCUGCCUGUGUGGGCUGCAGCAGGUGUCUGCUCCCUGUUCAGCCUCGUCUCUGGCCCGAGAAGGCAGGAGCAGCAACACAAGGCCAGGGCAAGUGCUAGGGCCUCUGCUCCACCACAUGGCCACACUGGGACGUGGCGUGCAGCUCACUGAACACAGAGCGAGCAGCCCUCUUGCACUAGAGCGUGGCCUCCUGUCAGCCCUUUGCUUACAAACUGCAGGUUCAAUCCAGAGGGGGUGGCUGCUGGCGGGGCUCUCCUGCUGCCCAGAGGACAGGCCCAGAGGUUUACAAGUUUUCUAAGCUUUUGAUAAUGUGAAGCUCCAGGUUAAGAGGAUGCUGUUGAGCACAUUGCAGCUAUGUAAUUUUUGGUGUAUGUAUGUAAUAUUUAAGGUUGGAAAAAAGUCUCAAAAACAAAGAUAUUAACUCUUAUUAGAAAAAAAGACAAAAAAACAAAAAAAGCCAAAGCAUGAUGCGUCUUGUCAGCCUUAAGUGGGCUCCACACUGCUGUGCCAUGACACCGAGCCGCAGAGCUGCAGGGAGGACGAGGAUGGAGCCGACCACACGCGGCGGCCUUCGGAGCCCAGAGUCGGUAUCUUGUUUGAGCAACACCUGGAGUGACUGGCGGGGCUGUGCUUCCCAGUGCAUCGUUCAUGUGGAGAUGUGAAUGCCUGUUGCUUACAAUACUGUAUAAAGUGCUGUGUGAUUAAAUUUUUUUACUUGCAUUUUUUUUUUUUUUUUGGUUGGCUCAUUAACAAGACAAGGUGACACCAUUAAACCUGCCUCUGCCAUUCA